GGAAGGGGGAACAACGAGAAAACCAAUGACAGAAUGACAGGCUUCAACAGUCGAGUUGAGGCAGGCAUGAAACAAACAAAGCAACAGUAACCAUGGCAGAUCCUUCUUCUUACAAUUGCUUUGACGCCUCCUUUUCCUACUCUCAGUACCACUCAGGCAAUCCCCAGCCACUGGGGCCUCCACCUUCUUCCCACAAUCCACAGCUUCCUCCUCCCAAUAAUAAUCCUUCAGAUCCAUCCAUCAUCCAGAAACCCCGCAAGGCUCCCAAACGACGCAAGCGUCAUCCACCUCCUGGUCCGGCAGGUGCUUGGUUUCAGUCGAACAAUAACAGCAACAAUAAUAAGACGAACAAACCACAUCAGGCGCAAACAAUAGAAGAAGAAGACGAUGCCGCGCCUCUCCAGCAUCGACCAUCGAAUGAAGAAGAAGAGGAAUCCAGCAAAUCGAGAGCCGUCGCUGUGGCCACGUAUCCAGCAUGGACGGCCAUGCAGUGUGACUGCCAAUGGAUGGUUCCCGAUGUCACCACGUCCAUGGUCAUGGCUACGCGGUAUCAUUGUCAGCGACCACACAUGGAUAGUGACUACGUCUUGUUGCCACAAAUACUGUGUGAUGCUGCGCUGUGGAAAUUACCAGAGGGGAAAAAGCUGAUUGUCUUGGUGCAGUCGGUGGCGUGUCAUCAUGAUGAUAUUUGGACGGUGGAAUUGCAAGAUGACACGGGAGCAUCGAUUCGAGCUUGGAUUGCACCGGGCUUUGCGCAAUCGGAAAAACGACAUGGUGCCGAUCACUUGGUUGUGUCAGCACAACAACGAUACAUUCGACCGGGAUAUGUCUGGUGUAUCCAAGACGCGAGUCUCAUGUUGCAAGAUGGACUGCUGCCGGGAGAGGAGGAACACAAUAAUAACAAUCGCAUGCUCUUGAUUCGACAAGAACACGUCACCAAAGUGUGGACUCCCCAGUGUUUGCGCAAUACGAUUGACCAAGACACGUACAAAGCAUGGAUUGAACGACGCAAGGCACGCCAUGGGACCCACAAAUUGUUGGCUCUGGAAAAUCGUAAACUCAAUGAAGUACCCGACAAUCAUAAUGAUCUCCACAAUAAGAAUCAAUAUGCAAAUAAUAAUAAUGAUAGCAACAAUCAUCAUGGUAUGUCGCAGGAUGACGAAAUGGAGGAAUUACACGACGACGAAGAGGACGAAGAAGAUGAUCACUUUGAUCGUUUCUAUAAUGGAGAUCACCGCUAUCAACGACUUGCAGAUGACGACGACGAAAUGGGAGAAUUGGGAGGACCCAGAAUUACGUCGUUGCACCCUCACUCGUUGUCCUUUCGACAGCCGUCUCGACCAUUCAUGUUGUCACAGCAACAGCAGCAGCAACCACUGAAAAGUACAAACACUACUUACAAUGAGCCCCAACCGUCUGGCCCACUCCCAUCCAACAACUCGGACAAGAUGUUGCAAGAUGACGACGACCCCAAUGCCAUUUUGUGGAAAUCCAUCAUGGAUGGUCCUACCCAAUCCCAGUCGUUGCAAGUGUCACAAAGAGUGGAGAACGAUUUGGCAGUCACAAGCACCAUGUCAACUGCUGCAACUCCAGCAACGAGGCAACAAUCCACACAGCCAUUGGGUGGAAAUCUAGUCACCGAUCCGCGCAAUCCUCAACGCCAACCCAACACUUCUCGGAAGAGCAAAUCCAACAAAAACCGUUCUCGAAGGGUAACCAUGUCCCAACCGCUGGUGCUACAGCCAUCCAUGUCGCAAGAUACAAGAGAAUUCAAUGACGCAAGUGGCAAGGAAAACAACAAUGCCCAGGAGCCACUACUACAAUUGGCACAGCCAGGAUUGUCCCAGUUCGCAGCCUUUGGAGUACAGCCAACCCCUUCACAACAACAUCCCGCGUAUCACGAGAAAACCUGGGAUGAUGGAUCCAACGCUGGUUCAAUGGCGUCGGGGCAGAAAUGCUACGGUGAAUUGUCUCAGUUUGCUGCCACUCCUGUAACUGCCAACCAGUCUGAGGACGGUUUGUCUCAGUUUGCAGCAACCAACGCACCAAAAACGUUCAGGCAGCCACAACAAUCGGGCCCAUCGCAGGUGGCGGCUGAUCGGAACGCUCCUGUUUCCAAUAAGGCUGGCAAGAAGAAUCCUGGAACAGACCUUUCUCAGUUCACGGCCAAACGAGCGAGUCAGAGUCAAGCAAGUAAUACAGACCAGGACGUGGCAAACGAGUGUCUCUCGUCUCAAGGAGGCGUCCUACCCCAGAAGCGACAAAAGAAAAAGUCCAAAACUUCCAAAAAGAAAUCUCCUAGAUAUUAUGACAAGUCUCCACCCAAACCUUCUGCCGCCAAGCUCUGGACGACCACAUCGGUGUUGCAAGAUGCCACGGGUCUUUUGGACUUGUCCUCUUCCGAUGAGGAAGGAGACAAACCACAAAAGCAAAGCUCGCUAGGAUCACAACCAAGCGCCACAACCAAGCCGCUGCCAGCAUCGUGCCAACUCAAAGCGGUUGCGAACAAAGCAAAGCCCAACAAUGAAAUGUCUCGGACCGAGUUGGCCACUGGCGGUGGUGUGGGUGUGGGACCAGGCAUGGGUUCCUCCUUAUUUCAGGAGCUGAGCAAACCAGGAAUCGAUUGGAUCGGGUUGUCGGAUGAAGAGGACUGAAUCCUUGUUUUCCAGCUCACUUUGCUGAUAUUGGCACCAGAAUGAAAUAGCCAUAGUAAAGUAAGCAAUGAAUCAAUUUGGGGC